AUGAAUCCUGCCUUGCGCCAUAGCAGCGACUCGAGGUCCGAGCGGUCCAACAAGGAGGUUUCGCAGGCGUACACAGUUGAGUGGGAUGAAGAAGUACGCGCCGCAGAGCCGCGUCUGCGAGGACGUCCUUUGACAUAUGCUCUGGCGUUCGUUGCGGGAACGGGCUUCACGUUGUUCGGUUACGAUCAAGGUGUCAUGUCCGCACUUCUCUCGGCGAAUCAGUUUGACAAGGUUUUCCCUCAAACUGUUACUAGCCCCACAUUACAAAGCUUCCUUGUGGCAAUUUAUGAGAUCGGUUGUCUGUUUGGCGCUCUGUCGAACCUAUGGGUGGGCGACUUUCUGGGACGGCGGAAGACUAUCGUGCUGGGCGGCAUAAUCAUGAUCAUUGGUGCUAUCCUGCAGACGACAUCGUUCAGUUAUGCACAGAUGAUUGUAGCUCGUAUAGUUACCGGUCUAGGGAACGGUCUCAACACAUCGACUGUGCCCUCUUAUCACGCAGAAUGUUCCCCUGCUGCCAGUCGUGGUAGCUUCAUCAUGGUGGAAGGUAGCUUGAUCACAUUUGGUAUCAUGAUCUCAUAUUGGAUAGACUUUGCCUUCUUCUGGAUCACCGGUUCAUCUGCGCAAUGGAGAGUCCCAAUCGCACUUCAGAUUGUGCUGGCUGUCAUGAUGGUCGGAGGUAUCGCAUUUUUGCCAGAAUCUCCUCGAUGGCUUGCGAAGCAUGGUCGCAACGCCGAAGCACUUGCAGUGAUCGCGGCCCUCGAAGACAAGCCACACUCGAGCGAGUCAGUACAACAGACAUACAAAGGCAUCCUUGAAGCCAUCGCAGUAGAAACUGGUGUCGGUUCGCCGAAGGCGUCCCUGCGGGAGGUCUUCACUGGCGGCCGAACCCAGAACUUCCGACGUACGUUCUUGGGCGUGGUUAAUCAAUGCUUCCAGCAGAUUACUGGUAUUAAUCUUAUUACCUACUACGCUACGCUCCUCUUCCAACGCCUUGGCCUGAGUGCGGUCAAUGCGCGCAUCAUUGCCGCUGCCAACGGCACGGAAUACUUCCUCGCCAGUCUCAUUGCCAUAUUCAUCAUUGACCGUGUCGGUCGCCGCAAGCUUAUGCUAUUUGGCGCCGUCGGUCAGACACUAACUAUGGUGGUUCUGGCAGUUCUGGGCAGCGUCGACUCGUCAGGCGCCCAAAUUGCUUCCGCAGUGUUGUUGUUCGUGUUCAACUCAUUCUUCGCGAUUGGCUGGCUUGGCAUGACCUGGCUCUAUCCCGCUGAGAUCGUGGGCUUGCGCAUCAGAGCUCCUGCCAAUGCCUUUAGCACGGCGUCCAAUUGGAUAUUCAACUUCAUGGUUGUUAUGGUGACUGGCCCCUCAUUUAGCAACAUCCACUGGGGAACUUACAUUGUAUUUGCUGCGCUGAACGCGUUCAUUAUCCCUGUUGUGUACUUCUUCUUCCCAGAGACCGCGGGCAGAUCGCUCGAAGACAUGGACGUCGUCUUCGCUCUGGCGUACAACGAAGGCGUUUCGCCCGUGGCGGUGUCGCUGAGGAAAGAUAUUCCUCUUGCUGGCACACCGGAGGCAGACGAGAUCCUCGGCGUGCGGCCAAGGGACAAGGACGAGAAGGAGACGCGCGAACACAGAGCGUGA